AUGUUAUAUCACAUCUUUUUGGGACUUUUUCUGAUUUUUUCAGUGGUACGGAGAAUGUCGAUCUUAUUUCAUAGUCUGUUCGAAAAUCCUUGCUGGGUUUUUCAAAGGCGCAGAAGUUCUACAGAAGCCAAAACCCCCUGAGAAUGACUCCUGUGUGAAGCAUUUCUAUGACUUUUUAUACACGUUUCUACAAAUGUAGUGUACCAUUUCAAAUUUUUUUUUCUGCAAUUCUUGGACCAUUGUGCUAUUCUGAAACGAGACAGAAUUAAUAGCUACUUUUAUUUCAAAGCGUUUUUUUUUACUUGGGAAUAUUUUGUUAAUAUGGUUAGACUCGCUUCCCUGUAAUGCGUUUUUUUGUCUCUUCAACAUUUUUUGCAAUUGAAUGAAUGUUCUAAUGUUCACUGACUCUCAGAACGCAAAGUCGCUGUUGGACCAGGAGUUCGACCAGUUCGGGAAAUGUCUUCUGGACUCUGAAAAGACAUUGGGAAAUGAAGUCCAUGUCAAGGUUCGAUUUGAGACUUUGGUUCAUCUACUAUCCUGUUUUUGAAGGUGAUGACGGUGACAAGAGGGUCCGACGUGGUUCUUCCGUGCUUCACAUGGUAGGCUUGCUUUCUUGGCGGCAACUUAUGUAGCUUUUUGAUGGCUUUAAUGACUUUAGACACCUGAGUUUGAUCUUUUCAUCAUUUUUUAUCCUUUUCAGCGUUUCACCUGAAGAUGGCAUCGAAAUCGAGACGACGUACAAGCCAUCGGCCGGUGCCAUAGGCAGAAUGGCCAGUUCGGCUGUCGACUUCUUCAAAGAAGUAUUCCCUCCGAAACAUUUCCUUAUUGGAAAACUUUUUUCAGCGCCUACUAAAGUCAACCUUCUCCAUGCCGGACAAAGACAGGUUUCAAAAAUCUCUUCCAUUUCAAUUUUGGUCGUUUUUUGUUUGAAAUCAUGUCAGGUUGCUUUCCGAUUUCCAUGAAGUUAGGGAAAUUUACCUCGCAGCCGUUUUUUUAAAAGACGUAUCUGAACUUUGAAGUUGCUAAGGCAGCUCAAAUGGUGUUGGGAGCUGUUUGAAGUUUGAAACAGAAAAUUUGAUUUUGAAAAAAAAGAAAGCGAAAGAUUCUCCAACCAUAACUUUCAACUUUGAAAAAGUUAAGAAUUUUUCAGUUUUUCAAAUUGAUUUUUUUCGAUUCGAAGUAUCAAUUUUUGUUUGCCCCCCUUUGAAUACAUUUAUUCUAAAUUGACGUCAGAUGGAAGUUCGACUGGGAGUUUGCCCCGAUCGGGAAGCGGUUCUCGCAGCUGUCCAGCAUGCAUCGGACUUCGGCUGAAAAAGUUUCGGAUAAAAUUAAUCGGUUAGGUCGUUUCAGUUUGAAGCUUUCAUUUUCUUAGCCUUGCGAGAUUUCUGUGGUUUUGUGAAUGAUCAAUCUGGAAGCCAUCUGUUCAGGUUUUUAAAUCGAGAAGAUGCGAAAUUCGGCCUUGGCGACCGCUACGAGCUUCUUCUGAAGUCAGUAACAGCCAAUCAGACGGGAUAUUUCCGAUGCGCGAACCGUCAUCUGCGGAACGUCGUAUCGAAUACCUAUUUCCUGGAAGUCAUCACCAAAAAAAAGUUCAAUCAUGUGCGUUUUUUUCGAUGAGCAGAAAAAAGGCAGAAUUUCAAAGUAAUAUAACUUGUGAUACGUUUCGAUAAAAGACAGAUUCAUUCCAAGUAAUUCCUAAAAAUCUAUCGAUAAGAACAAAUGUUCGAUUUCGUUUGAAAAUAUAAUUUUCUUAAUUUGAGAUAGAAGGAGAACUGGGAUCGAACGCGAUUCUGAAGGAUGUUGAUCUGACUAGCGGCGAGUUCGGAGAUCUGAAGCUCAAGUAUGAGACAAAGGUGAUAAUUUGGGGGAAAAAUGAAGCCGAACAGUUCAGGCUUCGGAAUGGAGCUCCUGCAGCUACUGCUCUCAAGAGACUGGAGAAGAAACCCGAAAUAUACAGUGUCUUCUGAAGGUAGUUUGAAUCCGUGACGCGACCGCAAACGCCUUCCAGCCGAGUGUCCCGCCCAACUUGCUGCCGUCCGAGGCUUCUUGGAUAUUGCUUUUCGGCGUGGUACCUUGCUCCAGCUCGUUGGUCCCGAUCGAGUUGAGGAAACAUCUCAAGAGUCUGGGUAACGAUGUGGUUCACAUUGAACAUCGGCCUUGUUGGGUUUGAGAUUAUAAAGUAGGGAAGAGAAGGGAGGUUACUAUAGGAAGACUGCAAGACGCAGGCGGCGGUGGGAAGAGAAGUCAAGAGUCCCGACGAGCUCGGCGAGUUCCGCGUCAUGGACUAUCUGCCGGCCGGCGAGUACCUGUUCGGAGAACUUCUUCCGCGAAUUUUGCCGCCGGUCGCUCGCAAAGUCAUCCUCGUCGUUGAAGGUACUAAUAGAGGGCUAAAAGUUUAAUCAACAAUUAGAAAGUAAAAUCUCUGGUUUCAAACUUCAUGGCCUAUUUAUUUACGGAAAAAUGUUAUCUACAUAUGCCAUAUAUGAACAAUUUUUUUAAGAAUUCUGUUUUUUUAAAGAAUCUGCCAAUUUCCAGGCGAUUCCCUCGUAAUGACUUGCCAGCGAAUCUACGACGUUUCUCACGGAGUUCACUGGUUUUCGAUGAAACGUGGCCUCCUGCAGCAGAGCAACUUGAAAGAGACGUAUUCGGUAGGAGAACUUGGAAAAUCCCUUGAAAGUUCUUUUAGGAUAGAGCGUAUUUCGAUGACGACUGGAGGCUGAUUUUUGACGCCGUCACCAUGCAAGACGACGAUCAGUACUAGUGAGUUUUUACUCAAGUGGUCAUUUAAGGUUUUGAUAUCUUAACUGUUUCGAUAUGAAAAUAGUUUCUCUAAUACGCUUUUUCAUAAUUCCAAGGUUUUCGAAGGUUCCUCUUUCAAGUUAUUUUGAAAAAAAAAAUGGAGCAAUAAAAUAAAUGGUUUGUUUUCACAAUCGAGCCUUGAAUUACUUUAGUUUAAAAAGCAAAAACGAGUAUAUCAAGAAUCGAGUUUUGAGCUGCUACUCGUCGCAGAACGUCCUGCUGUCGACGUUCCACGUCCGCGUCAUGGAGAACGACAAAAGCCGGGAGUUGGUCGAGCUCAUGAGGAUGUUCGUCAAAUUCGUCGCCUUUCUCUUCAUUUUUUCUCUUAUUGCUAAUCAACUUUUCCAAUGA